UGUUGGGACACGGGCCAGCAGGACUACUGUGACUGUGUGACAGUAGAUCUCCCACACAUAGACAGUAGAUCUUGCACACGAGACAGUCCUACAUGUCGCAACAUGGCGUUAUCAAAACCUCUGAUGACACCAAAGCCUCUGACAGAACAAGAUAUAGACGAUCUAGAAGAAAUCAUGGACGCCAUAGCCAUGCUCGAGCGAUAUGGAGUUUCCAAAGAUAAACUAACUGACGUAAAUGGGGCAAAACUAAGACUCAGAAGGAAACUGCUCGAGGAUACUGGAAGGAAACUCAGAAAACCUGGUGAUGCUGCAAAUAUAAUGAAGGACGUUUUACGACGUUACAAAGAAAGUCGACAAGAACUCCUUUGUCUGUGUGAUUCUACAAAAAAACUGAUCAGUACACUAGAACGUCACAUACGCAAACACCUGGACACCAAAUACGGAAAUGUUGAUGACAUCUUGGAAAGGUGUUGGGACCAUCUCUCCAAAGACGACUGCCCAAUACUUGUUGCAGGAGAAACAUCAUCUGGGAAAAGUACCCUCAUAAACGUCCUGCUUGGAGAAGAAAUCCUUCCAACAGCGCACCUCAGUGCCACAUCAGUGAUCUGUGAGAUCAAGUACGGCAAGGACAAGAAAGCAGUCAUCCAUCUAAAUGACCCCACCACUGGAGAGACGACCUUAAACUUACUUCUGAAUGGGCCGGCAAAAGAAAAUCUUGAGAAACUUUCCCAAUACGUCCACCAAAAAGGAGAAUCAAGAGAGACAGCAGCAAAAUGUACCAAAGUGGAAAUAUAUUGGCCAUUGCCAUUGCUUGAGGGUGGCAUCUUCAUUGUGGACAGUCCCGGUGUGGGAGAGAGCGAUGAGAUGGACGAACAUGUCAGCAAGUACCUGUCUAAAGCCCACGCCUUCAUAUAUGUCAUCAACAGUGCUAAUGCUGGUGGAGUUAAUAAAGAUAGGAUCCUCAAGCUUUUGAAACUGUGGAAGGAAAGCGGCCGAAAUGACCUACACCUCUUUGACCCCAAAGCUGCGAUCUUUGUGUGCAACAAGUGGGAUCAGGUGCCAGACCAUGAGAAAGCAGAAGUCAAGCGAGACAUCUUGACCAAACUGAAGCAGGACAUGUCACCGCUGGAUGAUUCCCAACUGUUUUGUCUCUCAGCACGUGAUGCACAAAGAGCUGGAUACGUGACUGACGAUCUUGACAACCUACUGGAUGGAAUUGAUUCCCUUUUACAGCAGGGUCUCAGGCAUAAGCUCUUCCUUCAGUACAGAUCGAUUUGGACACUUGUCAAUGAAUCAACCAAAGACAUCCAAAUAAAACUGAAAAAUGCCAUGAGAAGCCAGGAGGAACGGCACAAAACAGCUGAUCAGGUGUGGAAACGGCUGGAGGAUUACAAAAAGAUCACAGAUAAUGUUAUCGAGGAACUUACCAGUAAACUUCUAAGGGCGACAACCGAUGCAGUACAGCUCUUGAAGACACAUCUUCAAAGUGACAAGACGAGGGCCAUCAUUGUAAAAGGUGUACUGAAAGAAGUUCCAAGUCUUAGAUCCAUUAAGACACAUGAUUCUCUCCUGGAUCAGGCAGCAAGGCUUGUGCGACUUCACAUAGAGGGUGCUAUCCGAAGAUGGUUCUCUUAUCAACGAGAUCAACAGUACUUUUGUAAGAUUGAAGCUGAUCUUAUCACGGAUUUCAAAGAUCGCCUCAAUCUUAUUGAAAAGAUACAUGAUCAAGAGAUAGACCAAGCCCUGAAUGCCGAUCUGCCUUUCACACAUGCUGCCUUAUCCCAAAACACAAGAAGUGGCGAUGAAGAUUUUAACGUUUGGGAAAAGAUGAUCUUGGGUUUCAGUGCACCGCUAUGGGUACCAGUUGGCCUUGUUAUUGGUGUUCUUGUUGGCCUUCCCAUUUGGGGAGUGAUGACAGUGCAUGAUAACAUGACAAAAGGAGCAGCAAAAAGAGCCAGUGACACGGAAUUCAUGAAAGCUUACAAUGAAGACAAAGUGGGGUACAUCACAGUCAUCACCAAUGAGACGGUUGACAACUUCUGUCAGAAAGACAAGUUGAAAGACUACAUAAAUGAUGUCUUACAAAAGCCCAGAGAAUGCUUAACAAAACUAGAGCAUGCCAUUCCCAAGAUAGAAAAGGCUGACAGGCAAAUGAUUGAGGCUCUUAGAAACGAGGAUAGAAAGGAAAACGACCUACGAGGAAUUUAUGAGCCACAAUUUGAACAGUGCAAGGCACUUCAAUGCAAGCUUGCGUUCUUCAAUCUGAGACGUCUAGGGCAGAUAGAGUACAACCUGGACGAUCUCUUGGCAUCGAUGCCAAGGAAGAUCGGGUCAGGAGGGUUUGGGCAGGUUUACAAGGUCCAGAUCAAGAGCCAGGGAAGUCUGAAGGAAGCAGCACUGAAGAUAGAAAAGGAAGCCAUCACUGAAAAGAAUGUGAUCAAAUUCCAUGAUGAAGAAGAGUGCCUCAGAUAUCUGGAAGAUCCACACAUUGUUGACUACUAUGGACUGGCCAAAGCACCUCAUUUGGAGUCCUGUGGCUUGCGUCUUGGUGUCCUCAUGGAGUUCUGUCCAUACACGCUACAUGAUUGGCUGAAUAGUCACAAAGAGCAAACCCCUGCAUGGUGGCCUGAUGACGAGGCUAAGAUGAAGGAGGGCUUCAACACGGUUAAAGACCUGGCCUCGCAGCUGUGUCUGGGACUGAAGGCUAUACACGAGAAGGGGUACAUGCACAGGGACCUCAAACUGGAGAAUGUCUUGGUUACAGAGGAGGGUGUGGUGAAGAUUGCAGACAUGGGCCUUGCAAAGAGGUUGGAUGAGGUGACAGGUACAAUGGUAGGAACACCACUGUAUGCAGCACCAGAGGUGUUCAAUGGACGGGAGCACUAUGAUAUCAGCGCAGACAUCUACAGCCUGGGGUUCUGUCUGCUGGAGAUGUGGUAUGGUUCCUCUGUGACAGAGGAUAAAGAGUACAUUUGCAAAGUGUUUAAUCCCAGCACAUUGCAGGGGUCUAUUAAUCCUCCCAUUAAACUGCCAAUUCCAAACACUCUGCCCCCCUGCAGUGGGUGGGUUGACCUGAUGAAAGAUUGUUGGAAGGAUCCAAAGUUUCGACCUUCAGCAAGUCACUGCGUGCAGCUGAUGUCCAGAAUGAAACUGUGAAAUGUAUACAAAAACUUAAGAGCCAACAUGUAUCAUCAAUAAAUGUUUCAUUUUCCAUCCAAAAUAUACAUUUAUCAUACCUCUUUUGAUACCCUUGGGCACCCUCUAAUACAACAUGUAUAUGUAUAUAAAUAAGAUACUCAAAAAUCAUUAGCACUUUUCGUAUAUACUUCAAUAUUUUGUUAAAUCUUCAGUGCAUCUUACUUAAUUAAAAGAGAGGAGAAAAUGUGCUUGAGUGCACAACAAAGUUGGAUGGCUGGAAAUAAGUGAAUGUGGAUUUAAUAAAAACAAAACUCAAAACAAAGAUCUGACAAUUGGAAAAACAGUAUUCAUAUGGUAGCUCAAUAUUACAUUCUUUAAGCAAAGCUUGACCUGGUGUUGCAACAAUGACUUUGAUCCUUGCUGCACACAGCAGUAGAGGCCACUUGCAGACUAGGUAGCGCAGUAUACUGUCAUAGUUUGAGACUAUUCAACCAGGUAUUUCGAUCCUUGAAAUAUCAAUGCUUUGUGUAAUUUAUCAGUUAUUAGUAUAUUCAAUAAAUAGAUCUACUUACCUACAACUUGGAACAACUUGUAUUCUGCAUUUUGAGUAAUUCCUAAAGCCUAGGGGAAGAAAUGUUGUGUUUUCUGAAAUACAGCAGGGAUUUUCUUUUUUUCCUUAAUUCUUAGAGUAUGGCCAAAGUGAUCCCAAAAAUACAUUUCAGCAAUGUAAAGCUGAGAUGCAUCAGGCACGGGUAUUUUCAACGUCAUGUAGUAGAUAAACAGAGAUAUAUUAUACAAGCUAAAGUAUAUUUGAUAAACUGAACAACGAAGAAGUACAAUGUUCAAUAGUAAUACGCGGUUAACAGAGUUUGAAAUAAAUUAAGUCUAUUUUGUUGAAUUUCAUUACUAAGACACUAGAAUUGGAUUCAAAAUUUGAUGUCGCCUGCCAGAAGCUGACCCCCAAGAAAAGGCUAGGGUCCACAGGUUUUUGAUAGGGGUCAGCCAGGUAAUUGGAAACACUUCUUUCUUUCUUA